AUGGAUCCAAACAAGCCUGACCUCGGUGGUACGACGGGCGUCCCUUGGCUGGGACGCGGAAGAGGACUGCAGCCUGAAGAGCUGGGUUUAGGACGUAGUAGAGGGCUGCUGCUCUCUGCAGCAGAGCCUGGCGUAGGACGAGCCAGAGGUUUCGCCACUCCUUGUGAUACUGCACAAGGACGAGGAGUAACUAUACCCAGUACUGAGCCUGUGCUUGGGCGUGCUAGAGGACUGCUGGUGUGGCCUGAUGAUGGAGGAGUUGGACGAGCCAGAGGACUGCUCUUCCCAGCAGCUGAACCAAAGUUAGGGGUGGCAAGAGGGGCUAUCCUGCCUAGUCUGGAGCCACAGCACGAACAGACACCUCCAUGUGAAACCAAAACUCAAGGCCUGUCAGAAGAGACCUCCGUACAAACAACAAAAGAGGUUGACCUGCCUAGCGUGGGUCAAGGAUCAGCACUGGUCUCCAUGUUUAGAGGAAUGGGCAUUGAGCCCUCAAUAACUUCAUGGGGAAGAGGAACACUACCAGUUGGAUGUGGACCAGCUGGAGAUAUGGGAGAGGUAAAGCCGCAAGGUGCCUCUGUAGGUGUCAUCAGCAGCCUAGUGAGUAUCAGCCAACCUGAAGAGGCGAUGGGCAGAGGCAGCAGUUUCCAUGGCCGAAGUUUGUUCCCACAGACAAUGGUGGGGCUUGGAAGAACAGCAAUGCCGCAUCCUGGAAGAGGAAGAGGGCGCCCUUUGCUUCCCUCUUUUCCUCCAGGUCGUGCCGAGUCAGUUUCUCCUGCCUCUGAACCUGCACCAGCCCUUUACUCUCAGCCUUCCCAUGCAGCCAUACCCCCAGUGCCCACCACUCAAGAUGUCCUGGAGUUUUCUUCUAUUGCACCAGCAAAGAAAGAGCUGAAAAUUGAGCCAGUCAGUGAGCCACCCAAUAAGACUGGAACAAAAGGAGCUCCUAUAACGAUUGCCUCAAACCACAUCCCGAUUCACUGCAAGAACGAAGCCGUUUAUCAGUACCAUGUUACAUUCACUCCAAAUGUUGAAUCAAUGGCAAUGCGUUUCGGCAUGAUGAAAGAUCAUCGCUCAACCACAGGAGAUGUUGUGGCUUUUGAUGGCUCCAUACUCUACCUGCCUGUGAAGCUGAAUGAAGUGGUUCUUCUCAAGAGUUUGAGACGGACAGAUGGUGAGGAAAUACAAAUCAAAAUCCAGAUGACAAAGAUUUUGCCACCCAACUCGGAUCUGUGCAUCCCGUUCUACAAUGUGGUUCUCAGGAGGGUAAUGAAACUCAUCGGCCUGAAGUUGGUGGGGCGAAAUCAUUACGAUCCAGAAAGUGCAGUCAUUCUUGGAAAACAUCGGCUUCAGGUGUGGCCAGGCUUUUCAGCCUGCUUCAAGCGCACAGAUGGAGGCCUGUACCUGUGUGUGGAUGUUUCUCACAAAGUCUUGCGGAAUGACUCUGUGCUGGAUGUCAUGAACAUGUUGUACCAGCAGAGCAAGGAAAACUUCCAAGACGAAUGCACCAAAGAACUGACUGGCAGCAUCGUCAUCACCCGCUACAACAACCGCACCUACCGCAUUGAUGCCAUCGAGUGGAACAAGUCACCCAAAGACACCUUCUCUUUGAUGGAUGGCACAAAAACCACCUUUCUGGAAUACUACAGCAAGAACUAUGGGAUUACAAUCAAAGAGAUGGACCAGCCUCUGCUCAUGCAUCGGCCAAAGGAGAGGUCUAAGCCAGGAGGGAAGCAAAUCAUUACUGGAGAGAUCCUUUUAGUGCCAGAGCUUUCCUUCAUGACGGGAAUCCCUGAGAAAAUGAGGAAGGACUUCAAAGCUAUGAAGGACCUGGGCAUGCACAUCAGUGUGCGCGGUGACCAGCACAUCCACUCAAUAAAGCAGCUUCUGAACAACAUCAGCACCAACCCUGAGAGUCUGAAGGAGUUCAGCCAGUGGGGACUGGAGAUCGGCUCCGAAAUUCUAGUGAUUAAAGGUAGAACUCUGCCCCUUGAAACCAUCUGCCUGCAGUCUUCAUCCUUUGCCGCCAGCUCUGCUGUAUCCUGGUCCAGAGAGAUUUCCAGGGAUGCUUCAAUCAGUUCUAUCCCCUUGAACAUCUGGGCCAUCUUCUACCCUCGCCGCUGCGCUGAGCAGGCUGAGGAACUGGUUUCCACCUUUAAAAAGGUGGCCGGGCCUAUUGGGGUCCGACUGGAGCGGCCCAUUCGUGUGGAGCUGAGGGAUGAUCGCACUGAGACUUACGUCAAGAGCAUCCACUCUCAGCUCACCAGUGAACCCAACAUGCAGCUGGUAGUGUGCAUCAUGUCCGGCAACAGAGACGAUCUCUACAGUGCCAUCAAGAAGCUCUGCUGUGUUAAAAGUCCCAUCCCAUCCCAGGCCAUUAAUGUUCGGACGAUCUCCCAGCAACAGAAGCUGAAGAGCAUUGCCCAAAAGAUACUCCUGCAGAUAAACAGCAAGCUAGGAGGAGAGCUAUGGACUGUCAACGUCCCCCUGAAACACUUGAUGGUGGUUGGAGUUGAUGUCCACCAUGACACCAGCAAGGCACAUCGAUCAGUCAUGGGCUUUGUUGCAAGUGUGAACAGCUCACUGACCCGCUGGUACUCCAGAGUAACUUUCCAGACGCCCACUGAGGAACUGAUCAAUGGCUUCAGAGUUUGCUUACUGGCUGCACUGCAGAAGUACUAUGAGGUGAACCAUAACUUGCCAGAGAAGAUUGUGGUGUAUCGGGACGGUGUGUCAGACAGCCAGCUGACGAUGGUGGAGCAGUACGAGAUCCCACAGCUGAUCAAAUGCUUCGAGACUUUCCCCAGCUAUGAGCCCAAGCUGGUCUUCAUCGUGGUCCAGAAGCACAUCAGCACCACCCUCUUCUCCUGGGCUUCAAACACCUUUGGCAUUCCUCCACCUGGGACUGUUCUGGAUCAUACCCUCACUCAGAAAGACUGGGUGGACUUCUUUCUGAUAGCACACCACAUUCACCAGGGCUGUGGACUUCCUACACGCUACAUCUCCUUGUACAACACAGCAAACCUCACACCAGACCAUUUACAGAGGCUGACUUUCAAGAUGUGCCAUUUGUACUGGAACUGGCCAGGCACCAUUCGUGUUCCAGCACCGUGUAAGUAUGCCCACAAACUGGCUUUCCUGUCUGGCCAGUACCUGCACUCAGAGCCGGCCAUCCAGCUAUCAGACAAGCUCUUCUUCCUUUGA